CUUCCCCCAGGCAAGAAAAGAAGCAAGGCCGGAGGAGAUAAAGACUCGUCUCCUUACAACACAAAAACUGUUUCACCAACAAAUCUGAUCUCCGAUCGAUCUCUCUUUCGGAUCCCUUGCAAGCUAUUCAGAGACGACAAGAUGAGCCAGAAGCCUCUGAUCUAUGCCUUCGUUUCUCGAGGAACUCUGAUUCUUGCCGACUACACCGAAUUCAGUGGCAACUUCAAUUCCAUCGCCUUUCAGUGCCUCCAGAAGCUUCCAGCUACCAACAACAAGUUCACUUACAACUGUGAUGGUCACACCUUCAACUACCUCGUUGAUAAUGGCUACACAUAUUGUGUUGUUGCAGAUGAGUCGAUUGGAAGACAGGUACCCAUGGCUUUUCUCGAGCGUGUCAAGGAUGAUUUUGUGGCCAAAUAUGGUGGGGGAAAAGCUGCUACUGCUACUGUCAACAGCCUUAACAAGGAGUUUGGGCCCAAAUUGAAGGAACAUAUGCAGUACUGUGUUGAGCACCCUGAAGAGAUAAGCAAGCUUGCAAAAGUGAAAGCUCAGGUUUCAGAAGUUAAAGGAGUCAUGAUGGAGAAUAUUGAAAAGGUUCUGGAUAGGGGGGAAAAGAUAGAGCUUCUGGUAGACAAGACUGAGAAUCUUCAUCACCAGGCACAAGACUUCAGAAAUUCAGGGACCAAAAUCCGUCGGAAAAUGUGGUUACAAAACAUGAAGAUCAAGCUGAUUGUAUUGGGAAUUUUGAUAGCACUCAUUCUCAUAAUCGUCCUAUCUGUCUGUCAUGGGUUCAACUGUGGAAAAUGAGCACCACUGUCCUUGAAACAUUUUAUAUUGUCGUCUGAAACGUUUUGUGAUUAUGUAUGAGGGAAAAUAUCACUUCUUGUUAUGACUCUGUAUGUAGUAAAGUUAGCUAGGCCCAUAUAUCGGUAACUUCUUUGCAGUCCCUAGAUCUUACAAUAUGAUGGAAUUCCCUGACGAAUAUUAAAUUCUGUUAAAAUCUACCUUCCAUUCUCUA